CUUCAUUCCAUAGCUGACCACAUACCAUGAGCUGGGCCUGGCGGCUGGCAAGCCCAUCGAUGUCAGCCCGUACAUUGAAAGUUGCGAGUCUCACCCUACGCGGGAGUUGGCCAGGAUGGCUCCCAUCCAGGUCUCACCUCCGUCUGCUCCCUCCGGCGUCUUCUCUGUCUUCGCGUCCAUCGGGGACAGGCAGCAGAUCAUCGUCUACGCAGCCAUCGCAAUCAUUCUCUUCGCCAUCUUCCUCUUCGCCGUCAUCUACAUCCUCCGCCAAUACAACGCUUCCUCUCAAGAUGAAGAAUCGCACACUACUUCCACGCCUCGCCCGCCUCUCCGACUCCUCCUUCCGGGAAUGACCCAGCAACGCACCUCAAGCAGUGCCUCUACCCUCGUCGAAUGUGUGACCCCUCCGCGGAAUAGCCCGGCGUCUUCCAAGCGCGAGGGCAGUAUCCCUAGUCCUCUA